AUGCCGAAUAAAGAAAUUUUUAUCGGCUAUACUUUUUUCCGUCCAGAAAAAGUGAAACGGUACACGGGGGCUGAUACGAUAUAUUCUACUCGAAAAGGAAAGUCCUACAUCCUUUUACAUGUAAAUUCGUUACAGAAAGAGAAAGAUAUGUUGACAAUUGUUACCAAUAAUAGACAUAUAAUAAAGAAAUAUGAUAAGCCUUAUUUGAUUAAUUCAGAUCGGCCUAUGAUGAACACUAAAUACAGGAUUUCAAAAUACUUGACGAGUGUAUUUUGUGGGUUACCUAUUGAUAUAGAAACUAGAAACAAGUAUUUUUUAAGAAUACGUCAAUUAUUAUUGGAUAAACUGGUAGCUAUUGAAAAUAGAUUGAAGAAACAAGAAAAGAACAGGCAAACUACAACUUAUAUUAAAUUUAGUCAUGGUAACCGAACAUGGUAUUUGGGGUUCUACAUCCCAUGUUCAUUUUGUAGCAAUGUCUGUGCUUAUGUAAUGUCAAACAAUAGGAAAGUAUGUCAAAAUUGUCGUUCUAAGGUGAUAGUAACACCUACACCUCCCACGCAAAACACGUUUAAAAAUUAUUGUCAAAGUAAACAAAUAGUAAGUAAACGCAUAGGCGUUACUUAUACAAAAAAGGUUUCAAUGCAUAGUGGUACAGGUAACUAUUUAGUUACAUACUCAAAUUUAGGUAUUAACAAACAGUUCAAGACGAUGAAAGAACAAGAGAAGUAUAAAAAAAGGUUUACGAAUAGCCUCAAAACUCAUAAGAAUAAAUGGAAUUACACUAAUAAUAGAUUUGAGUCAAAGCCAAUAGUUUCUAAACAUCGAUUGAAACGAAGAGGUGAUAUUCUUAAGAAACAUUAUAUAUCAAACAAGGAAUUGGAGUUUCUGUUUGAUCAAGUUACAAAUAGAUCAGAAUACAACAUGUUGAAAGAUGAUAUUUUUAUUAACCAUUCCUUCAACAGUGAAUAUUUUCUUGAAUUAAGAAAGAAAAAAGAAGCUACUUUCGAACGCGAUGAUAUCAAGGUGGCUGAACAAUCGACCAGUGUUGGUAAGAUUAUUAUGGUAGAUGAUAUUACCACAAAUUUACAAGAGCUCGAAAUUAGAGAACAGGACAAUGUGCUUCCCUGGCAAGAAAUAUUAAAUAAAUUUAGACGAAUUACAAAGCCGGAAUUUCAUAGGGGGUUAAAUAGUGUCAGAGAUCUUGAUACUUUAAAGAAAUUUUAUGAUGGAGUUAGGAAUAAAAGACGUGAUCAUAUUGUCUCUAACAGUUACGUAAAGAUUCAGUGUGAUAUUAGAGCUCGCAAGAUAAAAGAUGGGUGGUGCUAUAAAAUAACUGAAGAAAAAUUGGUGUAUAAGGUACUGAAACAAAUAACUGGUAGAGUGUUAUUAGAAUUCAAAAUGCUUAUUUGGGAACCAAGGAACGAGUUACAAAUAAAGGAAGAAAAGCGGUGCGGUAUUAGCGUUAAAGAUAAAAAAGCUAAGUCACAUAGUAAACGCAUUGAAGCGGGUGUUAAAAAUGUUGACUGUAAUAUGUUAGAAAGUAAUUGGAAUAAAUGGAAUGAUUUGGCAUUCCAUCGUGGCGGUCACUGGGCAAAUUUUUAGGUAGAUCAUGACAGUCACCUUUGAAUUUGAGGUCGCAUCAUGGUUUUUAACAAUGAUGUGAUCGUUUAGGUGACAGGUCGACUUGUUCUUUAUGAAAAGUAGUCUUGUUUCAUAAUGCUUAAUUCUUAUAUGUAUUUGUUUAU